UGGACCAUUGCCCACUGACCCCACUAACCAUAACAAACAGUUUUCUCUCUCUCCUCCUCCUCCUUCUCCUUCCUCCCCCCUCAAACUUUUUAACCGCACACGUUCCCCUGCUUUUUCAUGCAGUUGUUCCUUACUCUUUCUCUCUCCUCUUUCUCUCACUAACUUCAUUCUCUGCAAGACUGCAAAUCUCUUCCCUAACUUCAUUCUCUGACAAAACAACACUACAACAGCAUCAGCAUUGCCAAAUUCAAAUAUGAAGCGAAAGAUUACUGAUCAAGCUACUGCUACUGAUACUACUACUGUUGCUGCUGAUGCUGAUUUUUUGACGAAGAAUAUGAGAUCGAAAAUUCCACGCCGAAAACGAGCUCACAUAUCUCCAAUUCUCUUCGAUUUCGACACUUCGAAUGCUUCUUCUCUCAAGCUCAAUCGCAAUGGCUCCUUCAAUUCUGCUGAUGAGAUUUCCUGCAAUACGACGAUUGAAUCAGCUGCGUUGCCUCCGAACGCGGCGUUUCGCGGUGGAAAUGAGGUGAUUCUGAAGCCGUUGAAGAAGGAGGUCGCUGAAGUUUCGGUGUCGGAGAAUUCCUGCGUUGAGUCGUGCUCUGUUGUUACAGAAUCGAAGCGAAAUGACGUCGUUCCGACGGAAUCCACGGAAGAGGUUGAUUCUCCAUCAAAUACGAUGGCGACGGUUGAUCAGAGGAAUGUGAAUAAUUGCUCCUGCGAUUCCGGCAAUUUUCUGAUCGGAUCCGUCGGCUCUGAUUUGGCUUGCACUGAGGAAUUCUCGUAUGACGAUUACGAAGAUUCGUCGGCGACGAACUUCUCGCUUGAAUCGGAUAUUUUUUCCGGUAAUGGAGAAUCGGAGUUCGAUGAAUUUACCGACGAAUACACUCCUUCCUUGUGGUUGAAUUCCGGCAGCCAAUUCUCCGAGAAAUCCGGCGACGAUUCAACUCCUUCUCCCUGUUUCUCUCUCUUCAAGGAGUAUUACAAUCAGUUCUUAAAAAUGAGCUCCGAUUCUCCUGAUUACGAAGUUUCCUCUCUCUUCGAUGAUCAGUACUCUGAUGAACUUGCUUACUGGAAAUUUGAAGCUGAGGAAGAUGAAGAGAGCUACAGACUGUUACGAAGUAGAGAGAGAAAUCAAGCAGUGAAGGUGAAAGAUUAUGUUGAAGAGUAUGAUUUCGCCACUGAUUAUGGAGAAUUAAUCAUCGAACAACGAUUAUUAAUGGUUAAUUGGAUUAUCGAGCUAUCCAGAAAAAAGGAUCUCCAGAAUGAAACAAUGUUUCUUGGUGUGCGUCUCCUUGAUAGAUUUCUGAGCAAAGGAUUUUUUACUAGUAGGAAGAACAUACAACUACUUGGUAUAGCAUGCUUCACCUUGGCCAUGAGAAUUGAAGAGAAUCAGCCUUACAACAGUGUUCGGCAAAAGUCUUUCUAUGUGGGAAGCAAUGUGUACAGCAGAUAUGAAGUGGUUGCCAUGGAAUGGGUAGUGCAAGAGGUCCUUAAAUUUCACUGCAUCUCGGCAACAAUAUACAACUUCCUGUGGUUUUAUCUUAAAGCUGUGUCAGCUGAUGAAGGAACGCAAAAGAAGGCCAAGUAUUUGGCCGGUCUGUCAUUGCUUGAUCAUAGUCAUCUCAGAUAUUGGCCCUCAACUGUAGCAGCAGCAUUGGUUAUCCUUGUCUCCGUGGCAGCAAAUCGUGAUGAAUCCAGCCUUCGAGUUAUGGAGGCUCAUGUCAGAACCAAAGUUGAUGAUCUACCAGAAUGCAUUAAGAGCUUGGAGUGGUUGGCUAAGUACGCUUUGUAAAGAAAAUCUCCAUACUUGAUGGGAGAUUGUGGCCAUCAACACAACACAGGAAGAUAAAACAUUCAAAAUUCGUAAAGUAUAUAGAAAAUUCUUGCACAUUUUACUGUAUAGGGCCUCAUUCUUUUGUGAAGUGUAACUUCACCUUGGAGUCUCGGACCACCAGCAUACACUCACUCACUCAGCAUCAAAGUCCGGGCUAAGAGUUCAGCAAAACAUGCAUAAUUCCAGUUUGCGACUCAAAAAUUUAGUUGGCAACAGAACUCGUCUACAAUACUAUUCUUUGUGCUCAUUCUUGUUGCAAAUUUUGUAUAGACUAUAUAGUGAUAAUAUGUUGUCAUAGGAGUUUGCGAUACAGCAAGCCAGAUUUCGCUACUGCAGAGGGUAUACUGCACAUUAGUGAUUUGGUUCGGCUUUUUGCCAAAGGCAUGAAGCCUUGUUGAAUUCAGUGGCCAGCAUUGAUCAUUAGUCCUUAUAGAGUCAAUGUUCUGAACAGUUGAAUUUUUGUGCUUUUACUUUAAUCUAAUGAGAAAAAUGGAUCGUUAAUUCCUCUUCAGUUUCUUUGAUACUUCGCAUUGUUUAUCAAUCUUAAGUUCUUAA